UAACGGGAGGGCGAGCUGUGGACGGAAUUCGACCGCCAGAGACGAGCAUACUGGAGAGUUCUUCGCUUAUUUCUGGAAAUAACAGAGCAAAAACAACGGAGCUCGAGUUUUCCACCAUCCAUGGCGGUUCUGCUGAACUCGAUGUCUUAUGCUUCAAACCCAUCAAUGGGGAGCAUAAGCAGAAGCAGAAGCAGAAGAAGGAGGUCGUCGUGUGGGUUCUUCUCCCACGUCCUGGAUUUCCACUCCUUCUCCCUGAGCAGAGGCUUCGCGAGGGCAUUGGCGUCGACCCAGAUCACCAUCUCCCUCAAGGACAGCGCGUUCCCCGACUGGAGGACCGGGAAGAGCAACGCCGACACGGCGAGGGCCUCGGACUUGAGGCUCAACGACGCCUUCCGGAGCCUCGAGCGCUCGGUGGAGACGAGUGGGCGAAAGCCCGACGCGGCCCAGUCGACGCAGCUGCUGUACGACCUCUGCAAGGCCAACAAGAUGAAGAAGGCGAUCAGGGUGAUGGAGAUAAUGGCCUCUUCAGGCAUUAUCCCGGACGCGGCAUCAUACACUUACCUGGUGAAUCAGCUGUGCAAGAGGGGGAGCAUCGGACACGCAAUGCAGCUUGUCGAGAGGAUGGAGGAGUUUGGGAUCCCGACGAAUACCGUCACGUAUAACUCCCUUGUCCGCGGGCUUUGCCUGCAGGGGAACCUGAGCAAGAGCCUGCAGCUCUUGGAUAAGCUGAUGGGGAGAGGCCUCGUCCCGAAUGCCUUCACUUACACGUUCCUGCUCGAGGCAGCCUACAAGGAGAAGGGAGUGAGCGAGGCGAUCAGGCUUCUUGAUGAGAUCAUUGCCAAGGGAGGAAAGCCGAAUUUGGUCAGCUACAAUGUCCUGCUUACGGGACUCUGCAAGGAGGGCAAGACCGAUGAGGCGAUGAGACUGUUCCGAGACUUGCCCUCCAAAGGUUUCAGCCCGAAUGUGGUCAGUUACAACAUUCUGUUGAGGAACUUGUGUGAUGAGGGGAGGUGGGCAGAGGCGAAUGAGCUUCUGGCUGAGAUGGACGGCGGAGAUCGAGCCCCGUCCAUUGUCACAUACAACAUAUUGAUAGGCUCGCUAUCUCUACACGGGAGGGUCGAGCACGCGCUAGAAGUUCUUGAGGAAAUGGCUCGGGGCCCGUUUAAGCCCACUGCCACGAGCUACAACCCGAUAAUUGCCCAGUUGUGUAAGGAAGGUAGAGUCAAUCAAGUGGUGAAGUGCUUGGAUCAGAUGAUAUUCCGUCGUUGUAGUCCUAAUGAAGGAACUUAUAAUGCUAUCGCCGAACUGUGCGAGGAGGAUAACAAUCGUGUGAGGGAAGCAUUCUCGAUAAUUCAGAGUUUGGGGAGCAAGCAGGGCUCCACGAUGCGUGAGUUUUUCAGGCAGGUGAUCUCUAGCUUGUGCAGGAAGGGGAAUACUUACCCAGCUUUUCGGCUUCUGUAUGAGAUGACGAAGAACGGAUUUGUUCCUGAUUCUUAUACCUACUCCUCCCUAAUAAGAGGCCUCUGUAUGGAAGGGAUGUUAGAUGAGGCGAUCGGGAUUUUUCGGGUGAUGGAGGAGAAUGAGCACAAACCCGACAUGGAGAAUUUCAAUGCACUGAUUCUCGGGCUCUGCAAGUCCCGGAGGACGGAUCUAGCAUUGGAGGUCUACCGGACGAUGAUUGAGAAGGGGAGAAUGCCGAACGAGACGACUUAUACAAUCAUAGUGGAAGGGCUUGCACACGAGAAUGAGACAGAGAUAGCUGCGGAAGUUCUAAGCGAGCUGUACUUGAGGAAUGUCGUGAGCCAUAAUACAUUAGAAAGACUCAUCAUGCAGUAUGAUCUCGAGGGCAUACAUGUGUAGGAUCUCAGAACAUGAUGCUAACAAUCUGCAGCAGAUGGGUCGGAAUGGUACAUCAUCAGCACGGAUACAGCUUGGAACAGUACCAGAUCGUGCCUUUUGGGAGUCAUUCAUCAACCAAACAACCCGCCAAUACUUUCAUGGUUCUAGAUCUCCAAUGAUGACAAACCACUCCAAGCAGAGGCCCGAGCAGUCCUACUCACCCUUAACAUAGCUGCUGAGAAAAGAAUGACAAAGAUUUGACUACGCAGCGACGCCUUAUUACUCAUAGAUGUCAUUUUGCACCCACAUAACUAGCCGUGGGAGAUUAGAAACAUAAUAGCUGACAUUAUCUCUACUCUAUAUCUUUUUUUGGAAUGGUUAUGCUCAUGGAUCCCUAGGACUGAAAAUACCCUUGCUCAUGACUUGGGCCAAUUUGGUUCGAUGUCAAAUUUUCUCUCUCUAUGUACUUUUGAAGGGUAUUCGGUCCUAAAUCCGUUGAACAAUGUAAUCGGUUCUUUCCAUUAA